AUGGGUCGGAAAAAGAUUAAUAUUACACGAAUUAAUGACGAACGCACUCGACAAGUGACAUUUACUAAACGCAAAUUUGGUUUAAUGAAGAAAGCCUAUGAAUUAUCGGUUUUAUGUGGUUGUGAAAUAGCGUUAAUGAUAUUCAAUAGCAAUGACCGUCUAUUUCAAUAUGCAUCAUCUGAUAUCAACAAAGUCUUAUUAAAAUAUGCAGAAUAUAAUGAACCACAUGAAUCAUGUACCAAUGUUGAUAUUAUUGACAUUUUGAACAAGAAACAUCCGACAACGAAGCCGGUUGCAAGUGGUAGUAGUGAAGAUACUGAAAUGCUUGAACAACAUGAUGACAGCAAUGAACAAACAUUUGGAGAUAGUGUUAAUAGCUUCCUUACGCAUAGCAAUCUCAGUUGUUCUUCAUCAACCAACAAUAGCCAUGACAUGACAUUCCUCAAUAACAACAACAACAACAACAACAAUAUACCAACAGCAUUUUCGACAACAACAGUUUUGCCCGAUUUUCAAUAUUUAACAUCGCCAUCGGGUGAUAAGUUUUUCUCCACAACGACAUCAAAUCACAUUCCCAACUAUUCGAUUCCGAAAUCUGUUGAUGCUAUUCAGUAUGGAAAUAACAUUACCAAUAACACGAAUCUUCAUUCAAAUUCAACACAUGUUACACAAUCGACACCUGCCGGGAUCAAUAGUUUUAUAACUCAACAACCAACAACAAAUAUUGGUCGUAUCAUGACUGUUGGUCCGGACAUGAACGUUUCAUCGAUCGAUAUCAGUGCACUUGCUUCUCAAUUGACUUCAAACUUUUUGGCAUCAUUAACAAACGCUACGGUAGUUACGACGACAAACAACGGCUCAGCAGCUAUUCCGAUAAAUUUAAUUAAUCGAGAUAGUCAAACAACAAAUAUCGGCACGGGACAAACAAUUAUGUUAACUAAUAGUCCUAAUUCGAUUGUAUUAACUGGUCAACAACAGCAACAACAUCAACAGCAGACUCAACCGAUAUGUCGAAAUGUCAUUAAACAGGAACCGAUUCUCUAUACCACAACAUCAGGCAGAAAUGAUUUGUGUUAUGAAACAAACUUGAAACAGACGCAUUUGUGGCCGUAA